UUCUGCUGAGGAUGGGGAAUGCUGAUGUCUGAAAUCUGAGCUGCCUGGAAGCCUGGGUUCUUGGUGAUGUCCCAGUAAAAGCUGCUUGCUCGCUUUUCCUCCUUGAGAAGUCUCUCCGCGUAGGGGCACCCGGCAGUAUGGAGCUGGCCUCCUGGACCCAGUUAGGAUUCACGUUCCUGCAGCUCCUUCUCAUCUCCUCCUUGCCCAGAGAGUACACCGUGAUUAAUGAGGCCUGCCCCGGGGCUGAGUGGAAUAUCAUGUGCCGAGAGUGCUGUGAAUACGAUCAGAUAGAGUGCGUCUGCCCCGGGAAAAAAGAGGUUGUUGGCUACACCAUUCCCUGCUGCAGGAACGAAGAGAAUGAAUGCGACUCCUGUUUGAUCCAUCCAGGAUGCACCAUUUUUGAGAACUGCAAGAGCUGCCGCAAUGGCUCUUGGGGUGGGGCUCUGGACAACUUCUACGUGAAGGGAAUCUACUGCUCAGAGUGCCAUGGGGGCUGGUAUGGAGGAGACUGCAUGAGGUGUGGUCAAGUUCUGCGGGUCCCAAAGGGCCAAAUUUUGCUGGAGAGUUAUCCACUAAAUGCCCACUGUGAGUGGACUCUUCACGCUAAACCUGGAUUCAUCAUCCAACUAAGGUUUGUCAUGUUGAGCUUGGAGUUCGAUUACAUGUGCCAAUAUGACUAUGUGGAGAUCCGUGAUGGGGACAAUGGAGACAGCAGGAUAAUCAAACGCUUUUGUGGCAAUGAAAGACCGGCACCUAUCCGAAGCACUGGAAACUCUCUCCAUGUUCUCUUCCAGUCGGACGGCUCUAAGAACUUUGAUGGUUUCCACGCCAUCUUUGAGGAAAUCACAGCUUGUUCUUCAUCCCCGUGUUUUCAUGACGGCACGUGCCUCCUAGACAAAGUUGGAUCCUACAGGUGUGCCUGCCUGGCUGGCUACACGGGCAAACACUGUGAGAACUUGCUGGAAGAGAAAAACUGCUCAGACCCAGGGGUCCCAGUGAACGGAUACAGGAAAACAGUGCAAGGUGGCGGACUUGUGAAUGGGCAGUAUGCAAAACUUGGCACCAUCAUGUCCUUCUUCUGUAACAACUCGUAUAUUCUUAGUGGUAAUGAGCAAAGAACCUGCCAACUAGAUGGAGAGUGGACAGGGAAACAACCAGUCUGCAUUAAAGCCUGCCGAGAACCAAAGAUCUCUGACCUGGUGAGACAGAGAGUACUCCCAAUGCAGGUUCAAUCAAGGCAAACACCCCUGCAUCAGCUGUACUCCUCAGCAUUCAGCAAACAGAAGCUGGAGAGCUACCCUACCAAGAAACCAGCCCUGCCCUUCGGGGACCUACCUCCCGGCUAUCAACACCUGCACACCCAGCUUCAGUAUGAGUGCAUUUCACCAUUCUACCGCCGCCUGGGGAGCAGCAGGAGAACGUGUCUAAAGACGGGGAAAUGGAGUGGAAGAGCCCCUUCCUGUAUUCCAAUCUGCGGAAAAACCGAGAACAUCACAGAGCCGAAGACACCGGGGACCCGAUGGCCCUGGCAGGCGGCCAUCUACAGGCGGGCCAGUGGUCUCCAGGGUGGUGAUGGCCUCCACAAGGGAGCAUGGAUCCUGAUCUGCAGUGGUGCCCUGGUGAAUGAGCGCACGGUGGUGGUGGCGGCUCACUGUGUCACCGACCUGGGGAAGGUCACCGUGAUUAAAACAGCUGAACUCAAAGUGGUCCUGGGGAAAUUCUACCGCGAUGAAGACCGGGACGAGAAGACCAUCCAGAACUUGCGGAUUUCUGCCAUCAUAGUGCAUCCCAACUAUGACCCUAUCUUGCUGGAUUCUGACAUAGCUGUGGUGAAACUCCUGGACAAAGCCAGGAUCAGCAACCGGGUUCAGCCCAUCUGUCUGGUGUCUCCUCGAGAUCUGAGCCCUUCGGCAGAGGAGUCCCAAAUAGCCAUCACCGGCUGGAAAAUCAUCACUGACCUGAAGGACCCAGGCCUCAAAAACGAUACCCUGCGCUCAGGGGUGGUGAGGGUCGUCGACUCCCUGCGCUGUGAACAACAGUAUGAGGACAAUGGGAUCCAGGUCAGCAUCACCGAUAAUAUGUUCUGUGCCAGGCAGGACAUCACCGUUCCAUCAAACAUCUGUCCUGCAGAGACAGGUGGCAUUGCAGCAUUGUCUCUGCCGGGAAAAGUCUCUCCUGAGCUGCGGUGGCAUCUGAUGGGGCUGGUGAGCUGGGGUUAUGACAAGACCUGCAACCUGGAUCUCUUUACUGCCUUCACCAAAGUGGUGCCUUUCAAAGACUGGAUUGAGAAGAACAUGAAGUAAAAUUAAUGCCUGUAAAAUAGUAUAUAAAAGUGUGUGUGAGUGUGUGCAAAUGUAUUGGGGGAUUUUUUUCCUCAAAGACUGUUUCUUUCUUACUCUCAUGAUUUGGUUGCUCCAGGCUCCUGGUUCCAUUGACAGAUGCCGAAGGGCAGCUGGAAGACAUCUCCUUUGCUUACCAGGCCUUGUGGGGAAAGAGGAUUUGGGUUUAUUAAAAGAAAGAAAGUCAACAACAGCAGUAACAAAAAAAUCCCAAGCCAUCAAUCUUCUCUCCUGUAGUGGAAAGCUGGGGUUUGAUCCAAUGCCCAUGGGUGGCAAAACUAGGAUGGACAGCCCUGAUUCUAAGGAAGCAGUUAACAAGGAGCUACAUGGAGGCUUCCACAGGGAUCAGGAUGUCAGCAACAUCAACACAUGCCAAAGAGUGUUAUGGGAAGAAAAUCUCAUAGCAGAUGUUUUGGUGGUAGUACGCACUACAUGUGAAUUGCCUCAAUAUGAUCUACUCUCUUGAGCACACUGCAUGAUUUUGUAAAAUAAGGGUUGGCUUUCAAGCCUCUGAAACCACGUAAUCAUCAUCACCAUCAUAACUGUGGUAUUUGUUAAGCACUUACUACGUGCCAGGCACUGUA